CGAAUGUGGGCGGGUCUUGUUGCCUUGGGAGCCCGUGAGCCGGGAGCUGCGUCACAUAGUGGGGCAGCCAUCUUGUGAGCGGAGCGAUGGGGCAGUGCGGGGUGAUCUCUUCGAAGACCGUCCUGGUCUUUCUGAACCUAAUUUUCUGGGCCGCAGCCGGUAUCUUGUGCUACGUUGGAGCCUAUGUCUUCAUCACAUAUGACGAUUAUGAGCACUUCUUUGAAGACAUUUACACCUUGAUUCCGGGUGUAAUCAUUAUUGCAGUGGGAGCUCUGCUGUUCAUCAUUGGUUUAAUUGGGUGUUGUGCCACAAUCCGGGAAAGCCGCUGUGGUCUUGCCACGUUUGUAAUCAUCUUGUUGUUGGUGUUCAUCACUGAAGUUGUGGUGGUGGUCCUUGGAUACAUCUACAGAGCCAAGGUUGAAGAUGAAGUUGAUAAAAGCAUUGCAAAUGUGUUUAACCAGUACAAUGGUGUUUCCCCUGACUCAGCAAGCCGGGCUAUUGAUUAUGUCCAGAGGCAGCUUCAUUGCUGCGGAAUCCACAACUACUCGGACUGGGAGAACACCCCAUGGUUUACCAGCACGCAUAAUAACAGUGUGCCGUUAAGUUGCUGCAGAGACAGCAUAGUAAACUGUACAGGGAGCCUGUCCAGGCCUGGAGAUCUGUACUCUGAGGGCUGUGAAGCACUAGUUGUGGAGAAACUGCAGGAAAUUAUGAUGUAUGUUAUAUGGGCUGCACUAGCAUUUGCUGCUAUACAGCUCCUGGGGAUGCUGUGUGCAUGUAUUGUCCUCUGCAGAAGAACUCGUGAUCCUGCCUAUGAACUCCUAAUCACUGGAGGCACCUAUGCGUGAAAAGAAUUGAAUUUGCCCUUUGUGCUUCGGAUCCUUCAGCCCUUGUUCCUAAGGAGGCAGCAUCGGGAUAGGACUCUCCUUUACUGAAGUAGUUUCUAUACUGCUGAUUCUCAGUUAGGGUCUUACAGUGGGUCAAGUCUGCCCCUCUGGACUAUUCUCUACCCUCAGCUUAUCACUUUAAUAGGUUUUCUCUUUUUUUGGGGUGAUGAUUUGUAGGUUUUACCAUUAGCACCUGGUGUUUUGCUGUAGGAUUAUUAGUGAAGUAAAGCAGCAUUGUGAUGAAAUCAUUGCUCUGAACCCCAUUCUAGCAGGCAUCUAAACGCAGCUUACUGGGCAGUGUUUUAAGACCAAGCUGCUUUUUGUGUGGCAUCAUGACUUUCUCCCUUUUAUGCUAUAGAGGUCUAUUUAUGUAGAUACAUUUUAUUCACAUAUAUCUGCUGCUCCUUGAAAACAUCAUCCAUGCAGCAAACUAGACCAGCAUUUUCUAAGCACCUAAUGUCAUCUGUUUCAUCUAUUUUUCUGAUGUUUGAUUCUGAUAUUAGUAAUUAAGGCUCUUGGAACAUAGAGCUCUGUCUACUUUCUACCUAAUUUCUACCUUCAUCCCUUGUGAGUCUAGAGUUAAAUAAGAGACUGAAUGUUGGGUUCAGGCUUAAUCCUUGUAAUGCUUUUAGUGAAGAGAUCUCUUUGCCUUAAAUGACUCAUCUUUAAAAUGCUAUGAAAGCCCUGCAGGUAUCUUCAUCGGUGGCACUGAAAAAGGCAAUGUAUCUAGUCCUGCUAAACAAAUGCAAAGCAUGUGCACCUCCACCAACAACUAUCAGCAUUAACUAUCCUUCCGUAAUAUGUAUUUCUAUUUCUCCUCCAAAGGUGUAAAGCAUUAGUAUGUCUCAAUUGUUAAUUUAUAACGUGAAGUAAACCCCCCUUUUGUCAUAUUAAUUAGCCUUUUAACGGUUUGGAUUGUGUACAGAUGAUAGUUUAAAAAUGAAACUACUGCUACAUUCUCAUGGGAGACUAAAUUAUGCAGAAGCAUCACUGCAAAGUGACUUGCCUCAAGCAAACACUGCAGUGUCGUACAACACUACAUUCAGGAGGGACCUCGUCUGCCUCCACUGCCCACACACUGUGGGUGGCAGUUUGUUUUAAAGAGAA